ACAACUUCUCAUCAGGGUGAUAAAACCAAACCCCUUUAUGAUUGAAAAAAAUAUUCAUAUUCUUAAAGACAAUCCGAUAUCCUUUCCUUUGUAGGAAUUGAUGCAUGUUUUCUGUGAAUGAGAAGAUUUAGAGAAGCCUUGCCGAGGAUGAUUGAGGGAGAUGGAUGAAAAUGAGUCCACGUCAGAGGGUCUCAAACGGCACUGACCUUCAUUCUACCAGAAGUGGACCGGUGACGAGGCCUGUGGAAGAAAAGAAAAUGAAGUCCACAAUACCAAGAAGAAAAACCGCUGUUAUUAAAGCUUUCAGCAAAACCAGACAAAGUGAAGAGUAUGGGGCAUGCAAUGUAUCUCAAAAUGCAGUGCUGUUGAUGGAAGCCCAUGCUCACCUUUCCAUCGGCUUGCAGUCAAGAGAGAGACUUCUGCUGCUUUUCACAGAUUCGCUCAUCAUCGCCAAAACUAAGUCUCUGUAUCUAAAGCUGAAGGCUCGUGUUAGCCUCUCGGACAUAUGGCUGGCAUCAUGUGUCCACUGCAUCACAGACAGAAAGCUCGCCUCCAAGAACUCAUUUGUGAUUGGCUGGCCGACCACCAACUAUGUCGUCACUUACAGCUCAUCCGAAGCAAAGGAAAGAUGGUUACAUGCUCUUCAGUGGCACACCUGCAGAGCCAGGCAAAAAGUCUUGCCAAAUGCCAUUCUUCUCUACGUCUUGCUGAUUUGCCGUCCAGAUGACAACAGCUCAGCGACCAUUGCUGUGGCAGUGGACGUGGGCACGACCGCAGAAAAUGUGGUUCAGUACAUCAUACAGCAGUGCAAACUAUUGGGUGAAGUCUCUGACUACCAGCUGUGUGUAAACUAUGAGAAAGAAGAGGAAACAUACCCCCUUAUUGGCCAUGAGCUACCAUUCUUCAUCCUGCAUCACUCCCUGAGAAGUCAACAAGACCAUCUGCACAUGCCCAGUGAGCCCCUGCAGGAGGUGUUUAGUUCUGGCCAGCAGACAGAGGCCACUCCCAAGACCCCUCACUUCACCCUAAAACCCAGAACACAUACUCCUAGGGGUACUUUGCUGAAACAUAAAAGAAAAAGGUCUCUGAUUGAUUGGGCACUGAGGAGGGGACACUUUAACCAAUCCGAUGGCCAGUCUGACCCACAAACUGCCUCGCACAAGCUAUUUGGCCAGCCUCUUUCCUCCAUUUGUCCUGAUGGAAACCUGCCUAAACCAAUAAUGGACCUGCUGUAUCUGCUGUUCUGUGAGGGUCCAGAGACCCGUGGAAUCUUCCGUCGUUCAGCAAAUGCCAAAAACUGUAGGAUCCUGAAGGAGCGAAUGAAUGCUGGGCAAAGUAUUUCACUGCAUGAACAAUCAGUGUUCGUCUCUGCAUCUCUAAUUACAGAGUUUUUACGCAAACUGCCUGGUGGUGUUUUGUGCUGUGACUUAUAUGAGGACUGGAUGGAAGUGCUACAGAGUGAAAAUCAACAGGAUAGACUUAAUAGAGUCAGAUGUUUGCUUGCACAGUUGCCGGAGGAGAAUGUUACUUUGCUGUGUCACUUAUUUGGAGUGCUACACAGGAUACACACUCACUCAGAGGUGAAUCAGAUGACAGCUACAAACUUGGCCCUUUGCAUUGCACCCAACAUGCUCUGGAGGACUUCCCAAAUCAGCCCUGACAAAGAGGGACAGAGCGUUCUGCAGGUCGCAGCGCUCAUCCAGUACCUGAUAGAAAACACGCCUGCCAUAUUUGGAGAUGAUCUGGAGAGUCUGUUCCCCAGGCAGAUGAAUACAGAGCAGGAAACAUGCGAUUACACAGAUGGUUCGUAUUUUCUUCAGCACUCCUCUUCAGAAGACACAGACCAAGACUUCGCUGUUUCUUCCCAACUAUUGCCUGAAGUUCAUCCUCUUUUCCUCCCUCUGGCUGCACUUUCUCUGAAAGAAAAGAGGAGACCCCAGCCCUUUCAUACUGAUAUGCCAACAACAGAAGACACCUACAGCUGUGGAACACUGAAUUCCAUUCCCUCACGUUCCAGUGCUUCUGUAAGCAUGCUGGGAGUCAGGGAACUCAGCCAAUCACGCGAUCGUUGCCUCUCUGAGCCUUCAAUGUAUUUUUCCACACCCCAAACACCUGCACCGACUCAUACACCUGUUAUCCGCCAAUCCAGCUAUGAUGCGGCUGUAACAGAGAGCAGAAGUGAGCAGUCACGCAGCUCCUUGGGGUUAAGCCCAGAACAACAAUCGCACAAUUCUGGAAUGGGUACAAGGAGACGCCGUUACACUUUCUGGAAGUCGCCGCAAAUCCCCACCCGCUUCCGUCAUCCUGCGCAGAGAUUGGCCAGCAUGUCAAGUCUGUCAUCUACUGCCACUUCUUCCCUCAGCUCUCUGGAUAGUACAUUGUCUCUCAGCUCAGCGGAUCCCAUCCCCAGCCCUCAAGAUACGCAGUCCCGGCCUUUUCUGUUUGGAGCUGCUGCGAAACUGCGGCCUCUCACACCUGAAAUGUCCAGAAAGCGCUGGACAAGUGCUUUCACUUAUGAAGAGGAAGAGAACGUUUGGAGAGAGAAAGUUCAAGAGAUAGACAAUGAGAAAGAGAGUGAAUUUGAAGUAUCUUUUCAUGACUGUGAUGGAGAAAGAGCAGUAAUGGAUGGAGAAAGAGAUGAGAAUGAGGAUGCCACAAGCUGCGAGUCCUUCUGCGACAUUCAUGAGGUUAAAGGUUCAGCAAGACCACGCAUGCCAGAGUGUCUCUCUGAGACUGUGUGCAGCGUGGAGUUUAGUGUGAAUCCAUUACAGUCCUCCACCGCAUGUCAGAUAAAGCCCAAUCCUGACAUGAAUUCACAAGCGAUUUCGCUGAAUCCAUGCAGUAUAUGGACAGUCCCACGGGUGAAUCCAAUUGACAAUGUGAUACAGGAAUCCCAGGUCACACAAACGCUCACAAACACACCCGCAACAGCACAAAAGCAAUCAAGUAGCAAAGCAGAAAACUCUGCAAGUCAGAUACAGCUGGAGUGUCCAAAGGCUCGCUCAAACAUUCAUGCCUCAGUUGGGCAGAAAGUGAACAGCAGAAUGAAAAUCACAGUCUUUCCUUCUGCAGGAAGGGUGAUGCUAAAACAUUCUAAGGUCACGGAUCAAACUCAAAGCGUCUCGGUGGAAACAGAGCAGAAAGCUGAGGGGAAAAUGCGAGAAUCUGUCAAGGUUCAGAUCCCACAGACAUUGUUUUAUGGUCAUAAUGUUCCACUGGUGUUACUUACUACACCUCCUCAGCAAACGUCAGUCCAGGUGAGGACACAUUGUACUCCUCCUGAUAAUGCGGAUAUGACAGACGCAGGUUUGAGUGAUGAAUCUAAUGUUAACUUUGUCGCGACUGAUAUUAGCAAUGGUGUAAGCAGUUACUUGGCAGAGAAAAGUCCUACCGUCAAAUCGAUUAGCCAUAGCUUGAGCACUGCUGAUGACCUGCGCUGCAUUACUGAAACCGUUAGCCCUGCUGUUAGCAUUAGCGGAGGUUAUAGUGUCAACCCCAGUAUAAAAGUCUUUCACAGCGAUGCUAAUCAGAGCAUGGCUUAUCCCAAACCCACUAACAAAUCCUCAGGAACUUUUCGUCACACAAUCUGUAUCAAGCUCCCUGUCAACAGAGGGACGGCAAAGAACAAACCAUUAUCAUAACUAGAUGUGAUGUAAUAC